AUGCCGGAGCCUGGGAGCGCAGCGCCCCAGGCCUACUCCCUCUCUGCGCCGGAUUGGCGUCCGGCAUGGCAUCAUCGUGAUCAGCUUGGGACGCCUGGCUUACGUACGGCGCCGACCCAUACCAUUGUGGGGCCUUAUGCAGCACGAGCUGGCGCGCCUUUUGUGUCGCCUGUGCCUGUCGACGUCGGAUCCUCAGCAGAUCUUUGGUAUACACGUCUCUCUCGUGACUCUGUACGCACCCUCCUAGGCGAUAUGGUCGAUGCCAUACGCACGCGACGACGGCAUGGUGCUCCCACACCCAUCCGUGACCUGGCGGCAUGCGACAUGCCGACGCGCGUCACGUUGCCGGACGCGCACCUCGACACCUUUGUACGUGCCUUGGCCGAUCCUGCUCAGCCCCUUUCGGUCCUGGCACAAGCUGUGCCUCACGGCUUCCGUGGCGAACGACUCCUCGAUAUGCUAUGGCAGGGCUGCGUUCCUGGCCUCCCACGGGCACGCAGCGUCCCCCUGUCGCGCGCUUUGUGGCUCAUCCAGGUCGUAGGGGCCUCUGAUUUGCAAGCUGGUAGAGCUCGUGGACUCACACCGUUGGCCUAUACAUAUGAGUGGACAGACAAUGUACUUGCAUGGCUCGCCUCGAUGCUCACGCAUGCACCCUUCACUCCCGAGGAGCGGGCCACAUGGACAGCGCGAUGGCGGUACGCCAUGCGUCUCAUCGACACGUUGCUGUCCCAGUCCCUGUUGGUGCCUUAUCUAUACUAUGCCUGGCUGGUCGAGUCCCUCCCUCGUGCACCGGGAAAUACACGUGCUUGCCUUCUUCAGCAAGUCGCGCGGCAUUAUAAAUCGAUCUGUGCUCACACUGCGCUGGCCUCUGGCUUGGUUGGUGCCUUGAGAACGAUGGCUGACUCAAAAACCUCCACGGAGUCCGUCUCAGGUACCGUAUCAUGGCUUCGUGAGCAAGCGCAAGACUUGCUGCGUCGAUGCGUGAUGCUGGCUCCGACCACUGUAUGGGUUCACCCUGCGUGUAUUGCCUUGGGCAUGCUUCCUGCCAUCCCUGACUUUGAACGCGCCAAGGCUACGUCGCAAGCUUUGCGCACUGCCCUGGCUGCCUACUUGGACGGCGUCGAUGCAUGGGACGCCGCCUGCUGGCGCCAGCUGGACGACAACCAGACAGGAUCGACCGCAUUGUUUGUCGAGUACUUCUUACCGCGACAUGCUUCUGCGCCCAUGGCACGUCGUCGUUUGCAUAGCCUGUGUACGUGGGCCUGCACCUUGCAUCGUGUCGGGGUACAUCGCCUGUACGUCGCUGCAGCCUUAGCCCACUUGCUUGACGAGUGUCAGGCUCAGCGGCUGCUUCUUCCCGACGGACGUCGACUUUCUUGCCCAUGGCCGCCAUUCUCUCUGAGCGAAGCGGUAAUGCAAUGGCUUGAUACCCUGUCUGAAUCCGUGCCGCUUCGUCCUGCCUAUGUCGCUCGUCUUUUCGGUUUGUUCGCCCGGGAUGGUGUGCUGAGCUAUCCCUACUUUUUGCAGCGGCUCAUGGCUCGUGGCUGGAUCCGUGCGAGUGGUGACACACGGACACAGCGGCAUACGACCCACAUCCACAUGCGUUUACUGCGCAGCAUGCCUGUGCCACCCGUCUCUGUCAACAUGCAACAGCAGCGUCGCUUUGCCAUUUAUGGCGCACGGACCUCGGAAUCGUACGAAGAAGCCACAGAGCGUCGGGCGUUGCGUGAACUGAAACGCGUGCUAGAAUGGGCCACCGAUGAUCCAUCCACCCUCUCUGCCCCCGCCACGCCCAGCGCCGCGCCGUCGUCACCACUGCCCUCGUCUCCGAUUGCUCUAGCGAGCCCGCGAAGCACACCGGCCGUCACAGCGCCUACCUCGACGGCAACAUUUCACAUGGCUGAUACGCUGCAAUGGCCUACACGCGCACCCCAUGUAUGGGCGGCUUCACCUUACAUUCAGGCGCGCUUGGUCGAGCGUAUCACGCCCAUGCUGCUGCAUGAAGUACCUACCAUGCCUGCUGAUCGCUUUGUCUUGGUUGCUACCCUGCUCACGUCCAUGCACGCCAUGGACACACUUGGUCGGAUGGUCUGUGCGCUGCUUGAUGGCCACGACUUAGCCUGCCUCGUGCCUGUGUGUCAUAUUGUGGCUACGUAUGCCCGCGUAUGGGACGCCCUGGAUAUGGCCAUUCUCAUGGCCGAGCGUCUUGCACCGUACGCCUUUGGUGAAGCCUCUGUCCUCCCGGGCGCUCCUCGCGUCCUUCCGCUGGUCGGUCGGGGCAUGGUCGUUCCGAUGGCACGCACGGCACUCACUGCCUUGGGCGCGCUCGACGUACCUGUAGCGACUUAUGCGCCUAUGCCCAUGGCCGAUGUGUCCGUCCCAUCAUGCGCGACAGAUGAGGCGACACGCAUUGUCUAUACCCUCUUGCAUGAUCCAUGGCCUGCAGACGACUUGUGCUUGCCAUUGAUAUCCGCGUACUCCCUAGAACAAGCGACGACGUUGCUGGUGCGCGCUGCAUUCACAGCGCUGACCAGCACGGACAUGGUGGUGCCCAUGACGCUGGUCACAUGUCUUGCCACGCUGGCCGGCACAGCGGGUAUCAAGCUAGAUACUGUGAUCCAUACAUGUAUUCGCACCGUUUGGGAUGGGCCUAGUACGGGGGCGCUUACAUGGACCGCCCUGGUUGUGCACCUUGUCACAUUUGGCCUAGUCGAUGCCUCGACUCUGCUCCAGGAUGUAUUGGCACCCUUUAUUGCUACCGCACCACGUACCCAUCAUGGAUGGCCUGCUUGCAGAGAGCUCGUGUAUGCGAUUGCCGCUACGACAUCGCAGGCAGGUCAUGUAUGCUCCAUGCCGACACUGGGUGAAGCCACAUGGUUUGCUUUGCAUAUGCAGCAGCAACGCUUACCGUUGCGAGAUGGCCUACUUCCGCUGCUUUCAGCUAUGGAUGCAUGUGAUGUGCCAGCUCAUGAUGAGCUUGUGAUGGCUGUACAGCCACAUACACGCACCUGGUUUGCCCAGUGGCUUGCGCACCCCGAUGUGGUAUGGUCGCAAGUCCGCACGUGGCCUGCUGACACACGUAUGCAAAAGUGGACGCGCUUGGUGGCAUGGCUCGAGCCGGAGGUCGUAUGGGACUUGCAGUCAGCAUCGCAUGGGGCCUUAUCCCUUUUGCCAUGGCGUUUACAAUGGGAUACAGAAGCAUGGCCCUCGUCGUUCUUUGCGACGUGCUUGGAAAUGCCAGCAGAACUAGGUGGGUCCCCGAUGGAUGUGUUGCUUCAGUGGGAUGCGCCUCCCUCCCUUUGGGAGGCAGCACAGCGAUGGGCAUUAGAGGCUUGGGUGCAUGCCUUGGAUGCACAGCAUGGUCAUGCACAGACCCAAGCGAUUCAUGCGCUAGCGCGCUUGGUUCAUGCAGCGUUUACGAAUGAAUCUGCCGUGCCCUCCUCUACAUGGCCCCGCCAUUCUGCUUACGCUCUGCGUGUCUUGGAACGAUUUGCUCAGGCGUGGUCUAGCGCUACGCCUGCGCUUGUACGCUAUGCUGGCACACUGUGCUUGCUGCACAGUACGUCUUUGACGCAUUCUGCUUGGCCCACAAUUCUAACGCAUCUUGUACAAGAGCCUUCUCAUGCAUGGGUUCUACCUGUGACAACAUAUGUGAUGGCUCACAUGGACUCGACGAAAUUGGUAGCGUGGCUCCGGGCGCAAGCACAGACGUCGGCCGUUGUAUCAUCCUGGGCGAAGCCGCUUUUGCAUUACCAGGGUGUACCUCCUACGCCUUCGCACUUGCCUUCGCCAUGGCACAGGCGCGAUGCAUGUCUACCUUCCAAAGACGCUCUAGCAACCUCAGCACAGACCACGUCUCGUGAUCCGUGGGAUGUGCCAUUGAGUCUUCCGUCCACCAUCCCCUGUGCCCCUUUUACUCCACAAACCACACGCGAAUGGAUGCUUGUGGAUGCCCCGGAUGCACCAUGGACCCACUUACCCUCUGAGCGUUCGUACGGUGAUGGCGAUGACGCAGCUUCUAUAUACCCACGCAUGACCGGGGCGACGUUUAAGCGGGCACAUACAUCGCCAACGCGUUCCAUGAAGCGAAUGCGUACAUACUAA